UGUCACUUUUUUUUCAAAACAAAAUCGAACCGCAAUUUUUGACCAAACCAACAAACAAAACUGCGCGUGUAAAACUAAAACGCGCUUUAUCGAAUUUAGUUGGGCUUCUUUCGUGUUGUUUCCCGAUCAAAUUGCAUUCCCGGAGCCAUGUUCGGCGCGCAAACUCUGGGCGGCGCUUCCGCCUUUGGAGGCACCACGGCGGUGGCCCCGGUCAACCCGAUGAAGGACUUUGAGGUGACGUCCCCACCAGAGGACACCGUGUCGGCGAUGGAGUUCAGUCCGGCGACGUUGCAGCAGAACUUUCUGAUCGCCGGCAGCUGGGACAGCAGCGUGCGUUGUUGGGAGGUCGAGCAGAGCGGCAAAACGGUCGGGAAGUCGAUCAAGACGAUGGGCGGACCGGUGCUGGACGUGUGCUGGGCGGACGAUGGCAGCAAGGUGUUUAUCGCGUCCGCCGAUAAGCAGGUCAAGUGCUGGGAUUUGGCGUCGGACCAGGUUGUUCAGGUGGCCCAACACGACGCCCCGAUCAAGACGUGCCACUGGGUCAAGGGCACGAACUACACCUGCCUCAUGACCGGGUCGUGGGACAAAACGCUGAAGUUCUGGGACACGCGAACGCCCCAGCCGAUGAUGUCGAUCCAGCUGCCGGAACGGUGCUACUGCGCGGACGUGGACUAUCCGAUGGCCGUGGUGGGAACCGCCGGACGGCACGUCCUCAUCUACUCGCUGGAAAACAAACCAACCCAGUACAAGCAGCAGGAGAGUCCGCUCAAGUACCAGCACCGAACGGUUUCGAUCUUCCGCGACAAGAAGAAAACCCCAACCGGAUACGCGCUCGGUUCCAUCGAAGGUCGCGUCGCCAUCCAGUACGUGAACCCGAUCAACCCAAAGGACAACUUCACCUUCAAGUGUCACCGCUCGAACGGUUCCUCCGGCUAUCAGGACAUUUACGCCGUCAACGACAUCGCGUUUCACCCGAUCCACGGCACCUUGGCGACGGUCGGUUCGGACGGAACGUUCAGCUUCUGGGACAAGGACGCCCGUACCAAGCUCAAGUCGUCGGAAGCGAUGGACCAGUCCAUCACCAAGUGCUGCUUCAACGCCAACGGGCAGAUCUUCGCGUACACCGUGGGGUACGAUUGGUCCAAGGGUCACGAGUACAACAACCCACAGAAAAAGACGUACAUCUUCCUGCGCUCGUGCUACGAGGAGCUUAAGCCGAGGGCGACCAGUUAAGCGCUUACUCUGUUUUUUGUAACAAUUCAUGCUAAGAUUCAAUAAAAAUCCCAAUUUCAAAUCGAUUGAAA